UGGCCGCAGUGCGCGCUACGCGAUAUCCGCGAUGUCAGUUGGUCGGUUUUGUGUUCGUUAGUCUCACGUUCGUUCCGAAUUUAAGUGUUUGUUUUAUAUCGCGUUGUCACCGUGUUACCUUCGGUCGAACGGUGUGUGCUCGACACGCUGUGUGCUCGAGGCGUGCAACGAAAAGUUUAAAGUGUCUCUCGGUCUGCUGUCUUCGACGAAUCCAGAAUGACCGAAAAUCCUAACCGCGCAGUUACUACUUUCUGUUUAACGAUGACGACCGCGCAUUUGGCGCGGACUGGCCGGUGUGCAACGUAGGAAAAGAAGAAAGCGAAACGUAUCGUGGACUUUUCGAUGCUUCGUUUCCAAACGUACGUACGUACGUAGGGAGGAAGGAAGGAAUGGCAGGUGCUGCUACUGUUAUUGUUGCUGUUGCUGCCAUUAUCGUUAUCAUCGAUGCUGUCGUUACUGCUGCUGUUUCUGUUGCAUCCCGAUCGCUUAAAGGUAAGAUACGCGAGAAACGAGAAACGAUAAAUGAAGGUGAACGAAAAAGAUCGUGCGCACCUCAUGGCACUGUUGUUGUUUGUUAGUCCGUCGUGAUCACGAGGCGAAGCAGAGGUCAGAUAGCGACCGUGUGCUUUUGUGUUUUAUGGAAAAUAACAAAGUGAUGAUCAGUGUUUCAUUAUUCUCUUCCACGGUUUAGUGCAACACGGAAGAUUUUCUUUUUUGGGGGAGAAGCACGCUCAACGGAGGAUCCAAACAGAGGAAAAGAGAACGGAGUAGCCCACGGGGGCGAGAGAAGAAGGCGAAUAUCGUGAUACGUUCAUAAAAAUAGUGAUCGAGAAAAAGGCAGUGAAGACGAAGAAGAGCAAGUGAGGUGAACGCGUAGAAUAGAGCGAGGAAGAGUGAUCGAGAGACUCGGUUGGCGGAAUCGAAUUCGCGGAUUCGACACACCGCGGUUGUUGAUUCGUAAUAUGGCGUAUAAGUUUCGCGAAGAGAUCGUAGGAAAGAGAUUUCUCUCGGUGAGUGGUUUCGGCAAGUUAAAGUCUAAUAAAAUCAGUGAGUGGGGUUGGCGUGCAGGUGUGAUUCGUGCUGCCAGUCACCGAGAUAACAGCUGUCACGAUCUUCAGAUCCUCGUAGAGUACGACGAUGUCGAAUGGCAGAGAAGAGAGUGGCUGUCGCCGCACAGAGACGCAGUAUACUCGUUUUUCUUAGUGGAAAAGGGUCUGUGUUGGGCCGAGCGAGCCGAUCCCAGACACGCCAGCCUCGUCGCCGUCGAUCAUCGCAAUCGCGCGAAUAACAACCACCACCAACGACAACACCACAAUCACCACAACCACCAUCACCACCAUCAUCACCAUCACCAUCACCACCACCACCACCAUCACCACCAUCAACACCAAAACCAAAACCACCAGCAACAUCGUGUCAACGGGAAAUCCCCGAGGGGUGCAACCGCAGUCGCGAAUACCGUCGCUUGGCCUGCUCUAACGUUUUAUCCGCUGGUGGCGCGAGCGGAACUACCGGAAGACACGAUGCCCCUCGAGUUCAUGCAAGAUCGAAGACUGGAUUUCGUCGACUACUCGAAGCUGAAGCCGUUCACGGACUGGGACAUGGCGAAGAUCGCAGUACCGUGGGCGAACGCCGUGAGACGAUGGGCAGAGAUGCAAGAUGGGCAGAGAAUCCUGUUGACCACGCCGAGCGUUCUGGUCGGUUUCAGGGUAGAAGUGUACCGGGCCGAGGGCACCACGCAAUGGUACACCGCCGUCAUCGUUGGUUACAACGAGUCUACCAAGGACUUGACCGUCACUGACGACACUGUCCUCGAGGAUCACAACGAGGAUCCCGGCUUGGUACAAAUGCGGUUGAUCGGCGACGGAGUCGUCGAGAGCAUCAUGAGAGGCGAGGUCGUCGGCAUGACACCGAGGAGGUCGAGGUCAUCGACUGCUCUGGCGCACGCCCUCGUUGCGCCGCGAACUGGACGAAGGCCUCGAGGACGUCCUGGUAACGUCGCCCAUCUCCAGAGUACGCCCGGGAGGAUACAGAGUCCCGUUCCGCAGCUCGGAAGAGAAAAGAACUCGGCGACGCGAAACAACCGACGAAGACGCGUCAGCGAGGACGGCAGUCGCGAGAAAGACGCGGACGAACGUGGUUUAUCGACGCGACGAGAGGAUCGAGAGAACAAGGGACCACCGGUGGCGAGACUCGGCAAUCGUAUACCGCGAACGGUGUUGGAGGAGGCGAACGACGAGCGAACGAGCAGCGCGGCAAAGUUGCGAAAACGAAGCACCGCUGCCGCGAACGGUCCGUCUGAGAAUUCGUUUCAGAGACAGGCGCGACGAAGGCAGAGACCCGUCGACCAAGAAACGAAAUCUGAUUCGGAAGAUCCGAACGAGAAGUUGCUCGAGCGGGAAGACCGUCUGACCGGCGGAUUAGAAGACAAGGGGGAGGAGGAGGAGGCGGAGGAACGGGCAGGGCAAAGAGAAAGGGGAAGCGAUCGCGACCGGAACGAGAAUCAGGAAUCUCGUGAUCCUCUCGCGACCAAGAGGCUCAGAACAAGUUCGAUCGGUGGUGGAAGACUCGAGAACGAGAUAAAAGAGGAAGCUGGCCAGGAAGUCGCUCCGGAGAAAGUCGAAGAGUUCAAAGAGCAGGAGGAUCACGACGUCGAGGCUGAAGAGACGACAGAGAAACUCGAGGAGAACGAGGAGAGUCGAUCUAGGGAACGAGACAGGGAGCCCGAGCCUCCCCCUCCGAACGAAUCUGUAGAUCCUGGAGGCGAAACGAUCGGCGCCCAGCGGGAUCGGGAGGAUCGGGAGGAUCGGGAGGUUCGCGAGAAUUGCGAGAAACGGGCGACGCCGGUUAAUGGAUCGGUGGUCGGCGAGAAGAAGGAGGAGGACGACGACGACGACGCCCUCGCCGUCGUCGCUGCCGCUGCGAGUCCCUUCGCGGAUGGCGACGCGGUGCUGCUAAAGCCCGCGGACGAGUCCAAGAUCGAAGACGUCGCGCGAGAAGAAGAAGAAUCGGAAAGGGAUCGAAAACGGACAGAGGAGAGGAAAAGCGAGACUGAAGCGACGACGAAGACGACCAUCACCGAAGCAGGCACGGAGGAUAUCGCGGUGGGCAGCAGUGCGAGGGCCUCGAGCGUCGAAUCGGUGGUCGAGUUGGUGGAAUCCAGCAGUCAGGACUCAGGCUCCGUGCUGGAGAGGCUGAGUCCGCUUAGCAGUAGCGGCGGCGGCGGUGGCUCUGGCAGGCAGAGCCUGCUCCUGGAACAGCAACGGGAGCAGGAGCGAAACCGGCACAACGAGAGUCCCAUCAUCUUAGCCGAGAGACUGAACAAGCCGCCACCGCCGGUCGCCGGUCACCACCAACAUCACCACCUCUACCUUCACACGCAACAGCAGCAACAGCAGCAGCAGCAACAACAACAAUACCACCACCAACAACAGCACUCGCAACAUCAGCAACUCCACCACCAACAUCAUCAGCGAUACGCGUCGAACAGUCCAGUGACGCAUCACCACCACGCCCAGCAGCAGUUGCAGCUACAGCAACAACAUCGAAUAGCAAGUAGCCCACACCAUCAACAUCAUCAUCAGCUGACACCUUCGUCGACGAGCCUCCUCGAGGUGCAACAGCAGUCUCACGCAUCGAGAGGCGGCGAUGAGGCCGGUGGCCUCAUGGAAGUGGAGGCCGGGGCCGGUUUGCCUGGAAGCGGAGGAGUGCUCGCCGUUGUGCCGUCGCCGACCGCCGCGGCGACGGUCGGCGGUAUCCGAGCGACAGGGCUUGGACCCGGUGGAACGGCCGUUACCGUCCCGAGCGGCACAUACGGGGACGUGAGAGACAACGGGUCGGACAGCGGGGUCAGCUCUCUGAGGAGCGCCGGUUCCGGCGACGAGAGGAGCGGAAGCAGAAGCUCGGCGCUGAGCGUCGAAGAGACUACCGCGACCUCGACGCCCGUGGCACCCACAACCCCUGCCAGAAUUUGGCACGUGCAAAGCGUCCAGCACACUUCGUUGCUGAUGGCUCAUCCGCAGCCACCGCCGUCCACCGGACAUUCGGGUCCGGUCACGGCACCUCCGGUCGGUUACCAGAGUUCGACCGCGGCCCCGCCGCCGCAAUCGAGUCAUCAUCAUUCCGUCAUUGCGUCCGAGAUGCUCUGGAGGUCGCAGAGGUAUCCACCGCAUCCGCACUCUCUGAUCGCACCCGCGCAGCCCACCACCGAGGAGAUCGUCGAGAGGGAGAGAAUGCUGAGGGAACGACGAGAAGCGGAAGCCCGGCUGGAGAAGCGUGAACGGGAGAGAGGGGCCAAUGUGGAAAUGGAGAGGCUCGAGAAGCAGAGGGCGGUCGAAGAGGCAGUUCACAAACACUUCGAGGAAUCCCUCAGGGUGGCGCAACAAAAGGUGUCUUAUGUUCCGCAGAGAAAUAUGCAAUCGACCUCGAUGGCGUGGAACACGUUCAUCCCGUUGCCACCUCCGGGAAGUAGAACGCACGCCGGGGCGCAUUCCGGGAUGACCGCGCACGUGGGUCAUCACCACCCUGGGGCAGGUGCGGCCACGGCGCAUCAGGUAACCGUGGUGCAGCAACAACAGCAGCAGCAGCAACGAGAGCGAGAAGAAAGGGACAGGGAACGAGAGCGGGAACGGGAACGGGAACGCGACCGCGAACGAGAGAGGGAACGGGAACGAGAAAGGGAACGGGAACGUGAGCGAGAGACGAGAGAGCGAGAAGCGAGAGAGCAGCAGCGUCAACGAGAAACGGAGAAUCUGGGAAUAAGGGAGCAGCUGGCUGCAGCCGAGAGAUUGCACAGGCAGGUCGAGGCCAGGGACCACGUCGUGGCUCAACAAAGGGCCGCGUAUUACGCAGCGACGGCGCCUUCCGCUCAACAGGUGUCACGACCGUCAAGCGUGCCUGGCAAAGUCGACUACCCGCCACCGCCGGCGCACUCGAGGACGUCCAAAUCGUCGCUUCCCGUAGGCAGCAGUCUGCACGAGAAACCGCCAUCGGUGGUAGGACCGUCGCACAGUUCUCUGCCAAAGGUCGAGCCGAACGUCGGCCUCUUCAGUUAUUCGACGUAUCAACCGCAGCCUUCGUACAUGCACGAUGUCAAGGUGAAGGCCGACGGUGGACAGUCACACAAGGCAGGGAAGGGUCUCGAAAGGGAUCACCACGGGCGGGAGGUCAUCCAGAAUCCCGCGUCGAUGUUGGCCGAUCACAAGAGCUCGGUAAUAGUGAAGAACGAGGGCCGGGAACUUCCAAAGGCCAUCGCGACGACGACGACGUCGCAGCAGCAGCAACAGCAGCAACAGCAUUCGCCGAGUCCGAAGAUGAUGCCAUAUCUGAACGUGCAGUCGGUUCCGCCGCCGCCGCCACCACCGCAACACAAGUCGUACGAGUACAGGAGCCCGACACAGAGCCCGCACCAUCUUCAUCACCUGGACGGAUUGCAGGCGGCGAAGAGACCGGACAUGGGUCAGAGCCAUCACAGGAGCGGCAGUAGCGGCGGCGGCGGCGGCGGAGCCACGACCACGGCGCAAUUACCCAGCCCCCACGGGCAUCCAGCGGCUCACUCGCACAAUCGACAGUCGCCACACGCUCAGCAUCCUCAUCAACCGCCGCAUCCGUCGCCGCCCGAGCCACGUUAUCUCACCAGGCCGGAACCCGGUCUACCUUACGCCACUGCCAAGUCCUCGUAUCCGUACACGCAUCCGCGUUCACAUUCGCAUUCGCACCCGCAUCCGCAUUCGCAUCCACAUCCGCAUCCGCCCACGGCAUCGCCGACCUCGCAUUACGCUGCGCCGUCGGCCGGCUCGAAACCGAAGGUGAGCAGUCCGGCGCCACCUCACAUCUACGGGAAACCGAACUCCGGCAUCAUGACCGGCACUCCAGUUUGUCGUGCCUCCGAACCGACGGCAGUCGCGGCCCCGAUUCCUCUCACCUCGAAACCCGGCAGCUGCUCGCCUUAUCAGCAAGUGCCUCAUCAUCACGGGGCGCCUCCACCUUUGCCGCCGCCUGCACACAGCAGGUCCGUCUACGAGUCAAGGGGCUAUCCUGGGACGAUGCCGGUCGCGAAGCUACCACCGUUGCCCCCUCUUCAUGGAUCUCCGCCGACCGCGGCCUCGGCGCCUCUUUCCAGGCCGAUCGCGCAUCCCGCGCAUCAUCCCGCCCAUCGAACCAGUCCGCAUCAGCAACCGCCCGGGCAGACCGUGCAGCACGCGCAACCGCAGCUGAACACCGCCUCCUUCCAGACGCAGCCGCUCGAUCUCGGCGUCGAGAGAUCCGGCUCGCCGAAGAGGAAAGCGCCGACCCCCUCGUUGACCGAGAGCGGUACCGGUCAACCUGUUUCCUUGGAGGUUUGCAAAAAGCGUAGGACAGAAGAACCGCAACCGUUGUCUCUCCAAUGUGUCGGUUCACCGGUUUUGUCCAGAGUCAGCGAGCCGAGUCCGUUGAUCGCCUCGGCUGCCACUUCGAUCACGACCGUCGUCAAUACCGCUGCCCUGCUCGCUCAGCCUACCAAUCUAGGCCAGCAGAUCGCGCAGGAACGCGACCGCGCGACCGUGGUCAGUCCGGCGCCUCGUACCGCCAGCGGGGACGGAUCCGUUCGUCCCGCGAGCACUGGAAGCGUCUCGUCUUUGAAUCCGACCGCGACUCUGAGCGCGGCGCCCAGCCCGGCGCCGGUACCGAGUCCCGCGCCCAGCACGGCACCUAGUCCAGCCCCCAGCGCACCUGGGACGCCCGCCAAGGCAAAUCCUGGUAGCACGGUCGACAGCGAAAAGUCCAAUAGUCCGGCACCGAGACCACCGAGCAGCACCAGCUAUCCUGUUCACAAGUUGAAGAAGGCUUGGCUGCAGAGGCACUCCGGUGAGGAUGGCACGGAGGACACGACCGGCGUCGUGGGCAGCGGAUCCUGCCUCACUUUGCCUAUGAACAUUUCUCAAGCACCGUCGUCGGUGAGCUUGAAGGAUCGGAACGAUACCUCGAAUGCUUCCAACAAUUCGACCACCACCACUUGCAUGCCAAGCGCCGUCAAUUCUAUUCACAAUAUCGGAAGUAUGGCGGUGAACAGCAUCAACAAGAGUAAAGUGUCUUCGAAGGGUGGUCGAAAAUCGGCGAACAAAGAAUCAUUGAACGGACACGCGACUGAUGCCAAACCGUCGUUGCAAGAAGACUCUUCCAGCAGCGAUCCGGAGAGAAAAUCUCCGCCGAAAAGAAAGCCACCCAAGGUAAAACGAAAGAAGGGCGCCGCACGGAGGCAACAAACAACCGCCGAAGACCAGCGGAGACGAAAAGAAGACAAACAAGGUGGUGGAGCCGGAGCGGGAAGCGAGUCCAGCAACGAGAGCGAGGCUGGCUCUGCCAGCGAUACAAGCGAACAGUUGGGUUCUGUACAGCCCGCGUCGAGAGUGCGACAUACCAUGGCCAAUUCUAACAGCUCCUCGGGAAACGGAAACAACAAGGAACCCAGGAAGCGAGGUAGAAGACCAAAGACUACGAAAGGUAACGAAGUGGGUGGAGAGGAUCAGCAACCUCGCCAGAAAAAGGAGCGCAGGGACGACAGCGCAAGCGGUGGUAACAGUGGACCUGGUGGAAGCGGUGGAAGGGGUGAUCCUUUUCGCAGGCCCCCGAUAUCGCAGUUGAAGAAAACCGGUGACAGUUGGUUGCAAGACGGCGCCUGUUGCGAGGUCGCUCCGAAACUUGCCAAAUGUCGCGAAUGCAGGUGGACGCCGCAUCAGCGAUCGAAAAACCUUUCGCAAAAUAUUUUCUGCAGAUUCUAUGCAUUCCGUCGAUUACGGUACACGAAGAAUGGCCAGCUGGCCAUAGCAGGAUUCAGCGAUCCACACAAGGACGCCUCCGAGGAAGAUCUUCGAUUAUGGUUACCAGGAAAGGACAGUUCGGAUACCAAGAAGGAUGAGAAAUCUGACAAGAACGACAAGGAGAAAGGAGACAAAGAAGACCUAGAUUUGGAGAUGGCUCAUAGAUUGUUGCGUCAAGUCGGGGAUCAAUUCUGUGAUCUGUUGCACCAAGAGAAGGAUGCGCUUCAACAGCAUAUGGCCGAAGCAAGUUCGGGACUUGUAGACGGAACGGUAGCUUGGAAGAGAGUGGUCCAGGGUGUCCGAGAGAUGUGCGACGUGUGCGAGACGACGCUGUUCAAUUACCACUGGGCCUGCGGUAAAUGUGGUUUCGUCGUAUGCAUCGACUGUUACAAGGGACGCAAGAAUGGAACUAUCAAGAUUUGGGGAGAAAGCGGAAAGGACAGGGACGAUUUCUCGUGGCUUCUGUGCACGAAUCGGCAGGUACACGAACCCGAACGACUGAUGCUCACGCAAAUAAUUGCCGGCGAUAGUUUGGUACGUCUCGGUCAACGACUGCACGAAUGUCGCGCGGAAUGGGGUAUACCGCAGCAUUGCGGUUGUUCGCUGGUCGUUCAAAUACCCACCAACGAGUUCUUGCGGAACCUGAUCAAAGGGGACUCGGUGCCGGUUUUGAACGGCAAUGUGAAACAGGAACCGAAGGAAGAGAAGAAGACGAACGAGUCGAAUGGUUCGUCUGAGAGCAAGACAAACGGAGAAGACAAGAACUCGCCGCUGAAUUGGCUGGCGGACGUAGCGCUACAGAAUCAGGACAAAAACGAGAGCGGUUCCAGUUCCGAUUCGGACGAAGAUCGGGACGGGAAUUACUCGACGCUGCGGGAGUUGCUCAUCCGACCGUCCCAUAAGUCGAACGGCAACGGGUCCAGAUCGAAUUCACCUACGAACGCGAACUCGAAUACCAAUACCAAUGCCAACGCGAAUACGGCCAGUGGCGGUAACGUUGGCAACGUUACGUCCGGAAACAAUGGGCAGCAGCAACAGCAGCAGCAGCAGAACAACGCGACCGCGACCAAAUCCGGCAAGAAGUCGAAGAUGGACACUUUGGACGAGGUGAUAUCUAGCGUAAUAGAGCACAGUGUCAAGAAGGAAAGGGGAGAAAGUGGAUUGGUGUUGGACGAUGAGAAACCAAGGGAACUGAAGCACUUCGUUAGAAGAUAUAAGUGGACGCAAAAAGGAAGGGAACCGUUGCCCAUUCGCAUCAUGACGCUCACCGAGAGCAAGAGCUUGUAUCCCGACGUGCCGCAUUCAUGGCUUUGCGACGGAAAAUUGCUAAGACUGAACGAUCCGAACAACUUGAACAACUACCGAAUAUUCCAAGACCAGUGGAAGCGCGGACAGCCAGUGAUCGUAUCGGACGUCGCCAAGGCGUUGGAUAUGAAUCUGUGGCAUCCGGACUCGUUCGCCAGGGAUUUCGGCGAUGAAAAGAACGAUCUGAUCAAUUGUAUGACGGGGAAUCUGGUACCGAAUCAACCGAUGCGAAAGUUCUGGGAAGGGUUCGAACACUUUUCGAAAAGAUUGAAAGACGACAGGGGCAAUCCGAUGUUGUUGAAGCUGAAGGACUGGCCGCCCGGCGAGGACUUUGCGGAAUUGUUACCGUCGAGAUUUGCGGAUUUGAUGAAAGUUCUCCCGUUGUCGGAGUACACGCAUCGAAAUGGAAGACUGAAUUUGGCCAGUCGUCUGCCCGACUGCUUCGUCAGACCGGACUUGGGACCGAAAAUGUAUAAUGCCUACGGGUCGGCCCUCCAUCCGAACAAGGGAACGACCAAUCUGCACCUGGACAUUUCCGACGCGGUCAACGUGAUGGUCUACGUAGGAAUCCCAAAGGACGCUGACAACGACGAACACGUAAAAGAAGCGUUGAGAGCGAUAGAUGAAGCCGGCUGUGAUAUCCUAACGCGGCGACGCGUUCGCGAACGCGGCGAGGCACCAGGUGCGUUAUGGCACAUCUAUUCCGCCAGGGAUGCCGAUAAGAUUCGAGAUCUGUUGAACGCGGUGGCUCUGGAACGCGGUGCUCGCCUGGAACCGCAUCACGAUCCGAUCCACGAUCAGAGUUGUUAUCUCGAUGGACCGUUGCGAGAGCGUCUUUAUCGCGAAUACGGUGUCGAAGGAUACGCUAUCGUACAGUGCCUAGGCGAUGCAGUGUUCGUGCCAGCUGGCGCACCGCAUCAAGUCCGUAAUCUUCACAAUUGCAUAAAAGUGGCCGAGGAUUUCGUGUCUCCGGAAAACGUGUCGCAUUGUUUCCACCUGACACAAGAAUUCCGCGCGUUAUCCGAUACGCACACUAAUCACGAGGAUAAGCUGCAGAUCAAGAAUAUAAUAUAUCAUGCGGUGAAAGAUUCCUUGACCGUUUUGAACAACGCGAAGGACGAGACUCUCGUCGCUCAGGUUAACGCGAACAACGAGAUAAAGAAGGAAGAGACGUAGCCCUGGGCCCCGAGUCGCGGUCGCAAGAACCGUCAAUGAUUAUGAAAUAAAAGUCUGCGCGUGACUGCGCAUUGCCGAUCGUUUGUCCUGAACAUAGACCGGUCGAUACGCACUCGGCCGAGAUCGGAGUUCGCAUGCGCUCACGGGAGAAAGAGAGAGAGAGAGAGAGAGAAAGAGGAAAGGAUUCGAGGAAGUACGUUCCGAAACGGUCUCUGAUACCUCGUCGCUGAUCGCGACCGAGGUGCAAGAAUUUGUUGUGAUAUAUGGCGUCGAGUAACUCAAAACGUUUGAUUUUCGCCGAGUUGGCUGAGCCAAUCCAGGUUAUUCGUUGCUUCGUUUCAAUUUACUUUCAUCGUUUCGUGUUUCUUUCGUUUUCUUUCUGUCCCUCCCUUCUCUUUUCCGUUAUUAUUGAAACACGUGCUACAACGGACAGAACGCGAAGUUCUCGUCGUUGAAAUACAGCUCAGUGGAAUCGGUGUCGGUUCGCACCGCCACUGUCCAUCGUCGUAUUGUGAUACCCAGGGGGAUGACUUUUCGAAUCGUACAUUAUUUGUAAUUAUACUUGUAUCGUGCCUGUAUUCUCAAUACAUACUGUCUAUAUUAUACAUAUAAUUGUAGAUAAUCGAUUAUUGUGUAACGAAUUCUUAUUAGUAACUACGAGAGAACCGUGUAUAGGUACCUUUGUGCAAUUAGAUGUCGAUUAAAAAUCGUUAAAUGGAUCAGUGAUGAAAGUUUAUCGUCGAUCCACGUUUUACAUGCUCUCGGAAUGCUCUGGUGCUCUUUUGGUAUCGUCAAUUUAAAACGAGAAAACGAACGUGCUUUGCUGAAUAGCCGAUAUAUGUUUCUCGCUACGUUCUUGGGUUCCGUGCGCGCGAUACUACGAACACAAGAGGGAAACACUGCCUAAGCUGUUUGUGCGCGUCGGUCCAAUUUACGGGCGAGAUCAAAUAAAAAUGACUUUAUAACAUGUAUGUGAUACGUGUAUAAUAUACUGUACGUAGCCCUGAUCGCAGUCGAGCUUUCUCGAAUUCGACUCAUCGUCUCUCCGCAUCCUCUAUGCCCUGUACCCCCUUGACGCGUAGUAACGCGUUUUCCGGUUUGUCCAUUCAUCGAAAAAUAUAUCGGCUAUACCGAGCAAAGCCCGAGCACGCAAAACUGUUAUAUUUUGUUUUAACACCGCGGUAACACGGAUCAACUCCAAAAAUGUUAACGAGGCAUCGAUACGAUAAUGAUAAAAAAAAAGGAUAUCUCAACGAAAUCUUUCGAUACCGUCUUAACGGAGUAAGAUCGAUGAGAGUGGAUUACUCGAAUUGAAUGGUUUUCUUUUCUUUUUAAACAAUCGGUUGUCAAAUGUUAUGGCCCAGUGAAGUUAAACCCGGUACAGAAGAGAAUAAUCGCGGGAAGAAGAAUACGAAAAAAACAUAGAAUUUGUUAUUUUUGUGAAAUCGUGCGAACAAUCGUCUAUCCGAUAGAUAACAGCGAUAUUAUCGCAAUUGUAUUUAACAUCGGUAAACUAUGUUAGUAACUCGUUUAUUUAAUCUCGAAGUAGCGAUGUAACAAACAACUCUCGAAGUGCCAAUAUUGCUAUUAGGAACUGUGUAUUGUAGUACGUGGACGAUUUUCGUGCGUUCCGCCGUACGCGUAUAUAUAUUAUAGGUAGACACGUGAGGAAAAUAUACGCGACAGGAAAAAUGAAGAAGAAAAAGAAAAAGAGGAUGACGAGUCGUGCAGAAUUCAUAGAUAAGAGAGGCCGAGUUCCUAUCAUUCGACGUUUCUCGGAGAAAACGAAUCGCUGCUAAAUAUGUCGUCGCACACGAUAUAGCGAGAUCCGUACCUUUGAAAGCCGUCGCUGUCCCCGUUGGUCGCUUAGCGAUUGGAAUGGGCGAAGACAUAGGAUUAACAUGGAAGCAAGCGAUUUAAAGAGAGACAGGGACAAAGAGAACAGCAGUCAAUGGAUUUUAAAGACGGGUACGCGUGCAGCAGCGACAUUUAGCUUCGGUCCGCUUUUAUUCCAUCGAUCGGUCGUACGUUCUCAACGGCUGGUAACGUCCUUUCAAUAAUAACGAUGACCGAAGAACAACCGAAAAUAAGAAGCACUGGAAUCCGCAAUUUCUUUGAUCUCAACAUUCGUCUAGCAUACAACGACUUGAUUAUAAUAAUAUUUAACGAGUACAUUUUUAAAUAUCCUAGCGUCGAUAAGUAAUGAUAUCACAAAUUGCUAAGUAACGAGGAAUACAAAAAGAAUGUCCUUGUUAUUCACGGACGACGACGAUGAUAUCCGCGAUGUGAACUGUAUAUAUAUAUAUCUGAAGUUAUAGGAAGAAAAAAUGCAUACUCUGUGUAUUAACGCUGCAAAGCUAUUAUUUGUUUUUCCGCUAAGUGUAUGUAAAUACAUUUAUACAUACAUAUGUAUAUGUAUAGAAUAUACUUAUACAUACAGUAUAUAUGUACGUAUAUAUAAAUACGAGACGAAGCUUAGACUCGAGGGACACACACUCCGCAAAACGGAUAAAAAUACACUUUACACUCGUAGAUAGAUAGUUUAUUAUACUAUUAUCAUUAAUUACCAUUAUUACGAUUAAUUAUUACGAGAGGAAUACCGAUGUUUAAAUGUUGCUGAUUAUGCGAGAAGCACGAUUACGACCGUGUGGCGUGUAACGUGUAACGAAUAAUGAGUGACAUGUAAAUGAGACUUUUUCUCAAGAAAGAUCGCGUCGUGUUGUGUCUGUAUCUACGUAUGUUUCAGAGAGAUAGAGAGAAUGUACGAGCGAGAAAGCGAGAGAGCCAAGGGGCCGUGUAUCGGGGGCGGAGUGGAAUGGAUGAGAGACAACUUGUACAGCCCUUCAAAUUCCUAGAAAAAUAUCCACCCCCAAAAGUCCCACACCACCCCCCACCGGCCGCCCCCAGUCAUAGCAAUUAUGAACCGCGGGCCGGCAGGUUUGAGUAUAAUUUUUUGUACUGUGUAAAUGUAAGAACAUACGUUUGAAUAAGAAAAAUGUUUAUAUUACAAAAAAGAGAAA